AUGUUGCCUUUGCCUGUGCAGCUGACACCACCAAACUUGCCACACCAGGAACCUGUGGCUGCAUCUUUGCUGCGGCAUUGCGUUUGUCUGUCCCUGGUUUGGGAGAAGCAAUGCCGCAGCAAAGAUGCAGCCACAGGUUCCUGGUGUGGCAAGUUUGGUGGUGUCAGCUGCACAGGCAAAGGCAACAUGUCCAAGACCCAAAUGCAAGCCUGUGAUCAUCACUACAAGGAAGAUGCCUUUAACCAGGACGCCAAGGCAAACUAUGUAGACAAGGAUACCUUGUACUCCAGGAACGUCGCGAGCCUCAUCUAUCAUUGGUGCAACCGCAGUGGCCAGCAAGAGCUAGGGCAGAAGUUUGCCUGCAAAAACGUCAUGUUCAUGAACAAAGUGGCCACCGGAAGGAUCCUGGUGAAUUCUUCUGGGAUCGACCACGUCGCGGCCGACGCGGUGGUCUUCCAGGAUGGCACCCAGGCGCCGAGAUGUGACUGCCUGGUCUUGUGCACCGGCUAUCGUGAUGUUUUUCCCUUCCUGAAGGGGACCAUAGGAGACUCCGGGGUGCCACUAAGCGUGCCGGAGAACAACGUUCGGCGGCUUUUUAAACAUGUCUUCCACCCACAGAUCGGCAAGAGCAUGGCCUGGAUCGGCUUCGCGCGGCCCUCCACCGGCGGCAUCCCGGCCUGUGCCGAGAUGGCGGCGAGAUACUUCGCCCUGUUGCUGGCCAACCAGCGAGAGUUGCCGCAUGACAUCGCGCAACGCACGGCCCGGGAAGGCCAGCUGGAUGAGCGUUACUACUGCCUCUCUCCAGAUGUGAAAACCCUUGUGGGUUACAAAGACUGGAUGGACUCCAUAGCGGAGCUCAUCGGAUGCGAGGUGCAGCUGUGGAGAUAUGUCUUCCAGCCGAAGCUCUUCGUCCGUCUUUGCAUCGGCUCCCUCUUGCCGUGCCAGUACCGCCUGCGUGGGCCUGGGAGGCUGAAGGAGGCGACGACGACAGUGCUGUCGUUGCCCGUUGCGGCAACCCGUUGGCAGAGCAUCGUGGAGGCCCGAGACACCUGGCGGCGCCACUUGCGGCUGAAACGUCUUUGGCCGGGGGACGAAUGA